ACGGGCAUCAGCAACUACUGGACACUCCUCGGCAUACUAACCAUGUCUUUGCAAUACACUUAGGAACGUCAGCGCCUGAUAGUUAAGUGUUUUAAUGUUUCUACAAAAGUGGGAAACCAUCACCACCACAACACAGCCACUGAGGAGACUGUAGACAGUUUCAGAAGCAUUACUUGAAGUAAACCAUUGCCACCACAGCACAACUGCAGAGCCAUGGGAUAUACAUUCUCCAAAUCUGAACCCCGCCCACCUUCUCCCGAGACUUUUGAUGAACAAUGGAGGAACAUACCAUGGGGCCUCAAAGACAGAGACCUGCAGGUUGUGAAGGAUUAUCAGCCUCAUAACGAUGAAAUCCAGCAGCUCAGAAUUCUGCUUUAUGGACCCUCUGGUUCUGGGAAGUCCAGCUUCAUCGACUCUGUUGACAGCGCUUUACAAGGCAGAAUCACUGGUCGAGCUUUGGCAGAUGCAAUCUCUCACGGCAGCUUCACCGUAAAAUACAAAAGUUACAAAAUCCAAAAAGGAGGACCAGGGACGUUUUACCCUUUUGCCUUCACUGACAUCAUGGGCCUUGACAGGGAAACCAACAGAGGAGCAAAUGUGGAAGACAUCAAACUGGCCAUGAUGGGACACAUUAAAGAUGGAUACACUUUCAAUCCUCUCUCUAAAAUAUCAGAGAAUGAUCCAGACUACAACAAAGACCCCGCUCUGAAGGACCAAGUUCAUGUUCUGGUUUGUGUCAUCUCUGCUGAGACAUCAAGCAUCCUGAGUGAUGAACAUGUGAAUAAGAUGAGGGAAGUCAGACUGGCAGCCAGAGACAUGGGAAUUCCUGAAGUGGCUAUUCUCACCAAGAUUGAUGAAGUCUGUCCAGAGGUCAAAAAAGACAUAAAGAACGUGUAUAAGAGCAAGUACCUGAAGAAACAGAUGGAGAAAAUAAAGGUGGUGCUGGGUAUUCCUGAGAAAAGUAUCUUUCCUGUGAAGAACUACCACUCAGAGAUCGACACAGACGAUGACACUGAUACACUGAUACUGAGCGCACUGAGACACAUCAUUAACUCAGGAGAAGACUUUGUCAACGACCAGUAGACCUCCAUACUGCUGACAAAUCUUACUUUACAGACAAAUCUCACCUAAUCACAGCGAGAAAAAAGUCAGUCUGCAACAUAAAAUGGGCUUUUUGGUUUUUAUUUGUGUGCAUGUAAUACAUAGAGUCUCCAUUAUUGGUUCGUCUGAUUAAGUAUUAAAAAGCUGUAUCAUACUCACUAUGCAUUAUCUACACUAAUAUGUUUUGUUUUCUUAGCUGGUCAUUUUUGGUGUUGUAGUCUCUCAGUAAUCAUGAAUCUGGUGAUGAGCAGGUCAGAGGACAUGUCUAGGUUAAAAUUGGGCUAAAUUAGGUUCAGAAGUGUAACUUUUUUAGACUACUGAUUACAUAUGCUGUCUAUGUCUGAAACUGCUUGAUAAUGACACAUUGUGUUACAGUACUGCUGCUCAGCUGAAUCCACAAUAAAUGACAGUA